AUGGAGAGUCUGAGUGAACUUCAGAACCCUCUGCUGCCUCGGAGCCCCGCCCCGCUGCAUGGCCGCUACCCCUACCCCGAGGCUUCGCCCAGCUGGUCAUGCCAGGAGAAGCUCUACUCCUACCUCCUGGGUGGUGCUGGCUCUGCUCGCACCCACCAGCUCCUGGACCCGGGGUCCCUGCAGCUGGCCGUGGAGGCCUGGUACAGGCCCAGCUGCCUCCUGGGGAGGGACAAGGUCAAGGAGCCCAGGGCAAGCAGCUGUGAGACCAGCUUCACAGAGAACAGGGAGCUCCAGGCUGGGCCCGCGGAGCAGUCCACAGAACCUGGCCAAGUAGAAGAGGAUAUCACCAUCCAGACCGUGUCCUACGGGGUUCAAGAGGAGCUGCAGGGCCAGGAGAACGACCAGGAGGAGGAGGAG